AUGGAUAGCCCCAUUGAGCUCCCAGAUGGGCGUCUAGCCUGUGGACGUCACGGCUUGCCCAUUUGCGGGUCCUGCUGCGUCGAUUACACCUUCAUGGAUGAUGAGCUCCCAGACUCGGCCGGAGAACUUGACAUGCUUUCUUACCAAGGAGGCUCUGUGGUACACGAUCACGAUCGCGCGGGUCCAGGAUACUUUCGACGGAUUGACCCGGUAAUCGAUUGUCAACCCCUUCCAAUGCGAGAACAGGGCUGCAUACGAGGCAGAGGACGCGUCUACCCAUCCAAAUUUGUCCCGCCAUCAGCAGGAGCUCUGCCUAACGAACUAUUCCCAGCCGGCCUGGGCAGACGGGCAAGCCCCCAUGUUUAUCGCUUCAUCCGCAACAAUAAUCCAGACGAAUUCCUAAUCUUCGCUGAUGGCGCCUGUCUCGAAAAUGGUGGAUCCAACCCCAGAGCAGGUUGGGCCAUUUGCUUCAAACCAGUAACCGACAGCGAUUCAGGCAUAGUUUCCGGACGUCUUGAGAACUUUGGGCCCUGGGGCGACUGCCACGAGCAGACGAACAACCGUGCCGAGCUACGAGCCGUCCUAGCCGCCCUACGUUUCCGGUACUGGCCGGGCGAAGGCUUCACCAAGCUGGUCAUUGCCACCGACUCAGAGUACGUCGCUAAAGGCGCCACCGAAUGGGUGUCGGGAUGGUUAUGGAACGGGUGGAGGACCAGCAACCGAGGGGCUGUGAAGAACAGGGAUCUUUGGGAGGCACUGCUUGGGGAAUUCGAGCGGCUUGAGGAGCUCGGCUUGAAGGUUGAGUUUUGGAAGAUACCAAGAUCGCUGAAUGCCAUGGCGGAUCACGCGGCGAAGCGAGCUGCCGAAGAUGAGGACCUGGAUGGUUACUGUGACGUUAUGGGUGCACUCGUUUAG